CUGAAAGCAAAAUCCCCAAUCCCAGCAGCAGGCGGGCAGCUGUUAGAGAGAGAGAGAGAGACGUAGAGAGAAGGAGUCAGCCGCGCUCUGCCCGCCCCCGGCCCUCCUACUUUCUUCCCUAAAGAGAAACAAAAAACCAGAACUUCAGCCGUCGUCUCCGCCAUUUCCGUCGCGCGAUCGCCUCCCUGCAACUUUCUUUUAGCAUUUUUCUUCCUCACACGCCGCAGUCAUGAGCUCCAGGAAUGCGGCUUCCCUCCACGCGUCUCCCACCGAGAUUUCCGCGGUCUGAUUGCACAGCCACCGCAGUCAUCCAACUGUGUCCGUAAUUCCUGCUCAUCGCUUCUUUUCUGCCCCGAUCUGAUUUGGAUCAUUCAAUCCACUCUUCUCCCUGUCAAUAGGCUUUGGGAUUCAAUUCACUAGUUUUCGUCCGAAUUUCUUGAUACGCUGAGAUCUCUAAAUCAGCUGCCGCCGGGGCAUCCACUGUUGCAUAGGCUUCUGUGGGAAUUCUUCGUUUUGGUUCUUUUUUCCAUUUUUGUUCCGAUCAUCUGAUUUGAUUCAGGAGCAGUUCGAUCGAUUUGUUGUAUACAUCGAGGUUGAGCGGAAAUGCCAGGAGAUGGAACAGUGCGUUACUACCAAGAGAAUGGCAAGGCUAAAGCGUUGGAUCUGGAGACUUCUGAGGACGAGAAACGAAGAACCAGGGGUAGAUCUCUAAGAAAAAAGGCGAUGACCGCUUCCACCAAGCUCACGCACAGUCUCAAGAGGCGUAGCAGCAGGAGAGUGGCUGAUUGUAGAUAUGCCGCAAUCUCUGUAAAUGAUGUUAGGGAUGCCAAGGAGGAGGCAGCUGUUAAUGCAUUUCGGCAGGCAUUGGUCACAAAGGACUUGCUGCCCCCUCGACACGAUGAUUACCACACUCUGUUGAGGUUUCUUAAGGCGAGGAAGUUUGACCUUCACAAAACUAUCCUCAUGUGGUCAGAGAUGCUAUACUGGAGGAAAGAGAACGGAGUCGAUUCCAUUUCACAGGAUUUUGUAUAUGAGGAAUUUGAAGAGGUACAGCGGCAUUAUCCUCAUGGUUACCAUGGUGUAGACAAAGGAGGCCGACCUGUUUAUAUUGAAAGAAUUGGAAAGAUAGAACCUCACAAGCUAAUGAGUGUGACUACUGUGGAUCGAUUUUUGAAGUACCAUGUCCAGGGUUUUGAGAAGGCAUUUUCGGAGAAAUUUCCGGCAUGCUCUAUUGCAGCCAAGAGGCACAUAGAUUCCACAAUAACCAUACUUGAUGCUCAUGGACUGAAUUGGAUGAGCUUCGGCAAGGUUGCGCAUGAUCUUGUAAUGCGCAUGCAAAAAAUUGACGGGGACAACUAUCCUGAGACUCUGCAUCAGAUGUACAUUGUUAACGCUGGAAGUGGAUUCAAACUGUUGUGGAAUACAGCUAAAACCUUUCUUGAUCCCAGAACUACUGCAAAGAUCAAUGUAUGUGCAUCAUCAUCUGUCCUUUCUUUUUAUUAAAAGUUCUAUGAUUGACUAAAUAAUAGUUCAUCUGAUGACCCAGGUUUUAGGUAACAAGUUCCAAAGUAAGUUGUUGGAGGUCAUUGACUUAAGCCAAUUACCGGACUUUCUUGGUGGAUCUUGCUGCUGUGCUAAUGAAGGCGGUUGUCUUAGGUCUGAGAAAGGACCAUGGAAGGAUCCGGAAAUAAUGAAACUGGUACAUGCUGGAGAUGCACUAUACCUAAGAAAAAUGAGAUCUCUUUCUGAUGAAGAGGACAUAGACAUCAAGUUAUAUUCCUCAAAGACAUCAAGAAGCGAGAUCACAACUGCUGAUGCAAGCCCAAAUUUGAGGCAGAACGAUUUCACUCAACAAGUCCUGCCAGAAUUUAUCCAAGUACGUCCGAACCAAUGGAGACCAGCAGCUGAUCGAUCUGCAUUUGAUAGUGUAAUUGAACGCCAUGUUCAGGCUGCUAAUCAAACAAAUAUCACAACUGAGGAUGUUUCCCUUGAAAAUCCCACUGGAACACGUUUUGUUGUACGCAUUGUGGUGAAGUUGUUAGCAUGGGUAUACCUUGUACUUCCAAAGAUGGGGAGAUUAUUUGCAGCCGAGCAUGCAAGGAGGCAAUUGCAGAGCCGAUCUGAGCCAGUAUCAGCAGGUUCAAGUUCACACGAGCAGCAUGUCCCACUGGAAACAAAAGAGGAUAGGUUGCGACCGUGCUGGCAGAGGCUGCAGCAUUUGGAGAAAAUGGUCAACGAGCUGGUCAACAAACCCACAAACAUCCCCCCUGAGAAGGAGGAUAUGAUUCUAGAUUCUUUAAGCCGUAUUAAAGGUAUAGAAUAUGAUCUACAGAAGACAAAGAAGGCACUGCUGGCAACAGCGUCAAAACAAGUGGAGCUUGCUGAGUCACUUGAAAAUCUGAGGGAGUACAAAAUAUCUCGAGUGAGUACAUGUUUCCUCUUAUCUGCUUAUUUGAGGGCCGACAUUCCGAAGGACCAAACUCUUGUUGGCCAAGACAUUGCAAACCCUCUGCCCCAGAAUGAUGAGAUGUACAUUUUUACUGUCCCAAUCAAAAGGUGAAGACACUGUCAUGACUUGCAGCCACUAACCAAUGUGAAGUUACUAAGCGGGAUCAAGGAGGAUUGGUAAUACGAGGUACCUAUUGCAGCAAGUUGUUUCGAGAUCUCGUAUAAACUACUCCCCAAAUUUGGCACAAAUCACUGGCUAUUAUUCAGAUGCAGGUUACUUGUAACCAAAAUGGGUAGAAAUGAAAAUGUUUUAUAGUUUGGAGGGAGUUGAGAUGCAUUCUCAUCCCUCUUUGGUUUAACCUUGUUUCUGUGAUUUGUUGUUGGGCAGGGAAAAAAGAGGGAUGUUUGUAUACAAUACAAAAUAGGAGAAUGGGUGUGGAGGGAUGCUGAAUUCUUGUGGGAUAAAAGGUGUGAUGCGGGUGUAUAGUUUACAUGUAAUGUUGUUGUACAUAGACCAAAUAGAUAAAGGGAAAUAAACGCUCUCUUAUUCGGACCUUAUUUUUUUAUGCUGAGCCCGAGACUGGAAGUUAUGGUAUGAUGAUUGAUUAUAUAUAGCCGCUGUCUGGAAAACAUGGAACUUGAGGCGAAUUGUGAAUUUGAGAUUUUUUAAUUGUUAUUACUGCAGUUGCUAGUAGUGUUUACUGUGGUGGAU